GUCAAAAAAUUUAACACACCAGCAGUGUGAAGAGACCUGAAAGUGGCACAUGGCAGCAGAGUGUGGCGAUGGAGACAGCAGCAAUGGGAGGCCGUACAGGGACCCAUGACAGACUCUGGACUUGGCAGCAGCAUGAGGAGGCGGGGGGGGCCCAUGGCAGAUUAGGGGCCUGGCAGCAGCUAUGUGAGGCCCGUAAUCUGCCUGCACCCUAUGUCAAAAAAUUUAACACACCAGCAGUGUGAAGAGACCUGAAAGUGGCACAUGGCAGCAGAGUGUGGCGAUGGAGACAGCAGCAAUGGGAGGCCGUACAGGGACCCAUGAGAGACUCUGGACUUGGCAGCAGCAUGA